UUGCGUCACUGGGGGUGGAACAGCCGAAGAACAAAAUGGAAGAAUAUGCGAGAGAGCCGUGUCCCUGGAGGAUUGUGGAUGACUGUGGGGGUGCGUUUACCAUGGGGGCAAUUGGAGGAGGAAUAUUCCAAGCAGUAAAAGGCUUCAGAAAUGCACCUGCGGGAAUGAAUCACAGAAUGAGAGGCAGCAUGACGGCCAUCAAAACCAGAGCUCCACAGCUUGGAGGCAGCUUCGCAGUGUGGGGAGGCCUCUUCUCCAUGAUUGACUGUGGCUUAGUGAAGGUGCGAGGGAAGGAGGACCCGUGGAAUUCAAUCACCAGUGGUGCCAUGACAGGAGCCAUUCUUGCUGCCAGGAAUGGCCCAGUGGCCAUGGUGGGCUCUGCAGCCAUGGGCGGCAUCCUACUAGCCUUGAUAGAGGGCGCUGGGAUCAUGCUCUCAAGGUUUGCCUCAUCACAGUUCCCAACAGGACCUCAGUUUGCAGAGGAACCAGCCCCCGCCUCCAUGCCUGCCGCCCCCUUUGGAGACUACAGACAAUAUCAGUGAAGAGGACUGGUGUCCUCCUCCUCAUCCUAAUAGACCUUUUUUUUAAAAAAAAAAACAACAAAAAAGAAAAUUCUUUCUGGAGUUACAAAGAUGGAAAUGAAUGACAAUGUGACACACACACACGUAACCAUAGCCACCUCCUCCCCACCCGAUGAACUGAGACUGCCAAGUGACGACAUCUUGUUUCCUUUUUUUGCCAUUGUUCAGCCUAAAUAUAAGCAUCUAUUGUCAUUUCUAUCACUAUAAUACUUUUCUGUAAAUAAUAUUAGGGAUGCUCCGAUCAGGGUUUUAUCCUGCCGAUUCCGAUCACAUGGGUUAAUGUAUGUUUUUCACUUUAUUUAUGAUGAGGGCUAUUGGAUAGGUGAAUAACAAUUCCAAGGGCCCCUGACAAUUAGGUAAUGUUCAUUAAACAGGAGGACAAGACCUACUGUACUGUAAUUAGUAUAAUGACAACAAUAGAUACUUGACAAUGUUAGUACAUAUCCGAAGGACAUAAUAUCCAAUUCCCCGUGGGACAAAAACGAGCUCCAAACUAACCGCAUUGCUUGUUUUAAAAAGAAAAUGUCACUGUGGUAAAAAGCCACAUUUGGAGUCCGAAGAUGAGAAACUAGCGGAUAAUUCCAGCUAGUUAGCUGCAGCCGUGACAAGCUAGGCAAAGCGUGCAAUGAAUAGAUGCAAGAGAAGUAGAACACUAAUAGGUGUGCCAAGGGAGUGAUCAAACACACUGACAUCAAUUGGCAUAACCUGCAUCAAGCUGUCAAACAGAAACCACAGACUAGUGUUGAUCCUCGCGGCAAUACGGGACAAAGUGUGUUUCUUGUCUGCUCAAUAUGGGUGUUAGCAACCCCACGUGAGACAGCACACAUGCACUUCCAUGUCAUAUUUGUGUCGUCAUCACAUGAAUCGUCAUGCUGCCGCCGCACGGCUCUCGGUUUUUGUGAUCGGCUUUGAAAGGCAUUUCUUGGUGUGUUUUUUACAGAAAUUGGCCUAUACUAAUCGGUGGCUGAUCCAUCGGAGCAUCCCUAAAAGCUUUGCCUGUUGUGUCUUCAUUUGCCUUAAGUAUGCUUGAGCUGCCCCCUCCCCAUAUUAUGACCCACAGUACAACUAUUCUAGAGCUAUUUGUUUUAAAGUGAUUUAUUUAUUUGUCAGAAUGUAAAGAGUGUAUUGACUUUUGAAAAGGCUGGUCCAACAUGACCAAUAUGCGCAAAACACGAAAACGGGGAAACUAGCACACGAGGUUGUCACAUCGGGUAUGCAAUCUAUAUGACAGAUUGUACUGUAAGACAAUAAACACAAUGUUUAAGUGUUUCAGCAGGACUGCUCAUUGGCCACUAGAGGGCAGCCGUCUCAAUAGCAUGACUUAUUCCAUGAAUGCAUAAAAAGGACUCUACGGUCAUAUUGGCUAAAUACAUUUAAAAAAUGAAAUAAAAACCUGAAAGACAUUUAUGUGAGUGAUCCAAAUGUUCUUCACCCACUUACUUUUUUAAUGGUGCAUGUUAAGGACUGCUGACUGAUUUAGGAAAAGGCAAAUAGUGAAAUGUGUCAUGACCGGUUAACUUAUCAAGGACCACCGGUGGAUUCAUAGGGCUCAAUUUGUCACAACGAUUCUGUUCCACACCGAAAACAUUUGACUUGCAAAAUAACGCCUGAUUUGGUCGUCAGUAGAAGCAGUCAAGCACACAAAUGUAUCAUUUAACAAGGUAGUAAGCUGUAUUUUGACACUUAUUACAUACUGCACGUAAGCUCUACUAUCUCUUGUAGCUAAAUAUUACAAAUAACUCUUGUGUUAGAGCAAUCUUUUGUUUAUUUAGAGUUAUGCAUUUUGGUAAUAAUAGAUCUAUAUUUAAGUAGCAAUCUACAAAAAUAGAAUACAAAUACUAUAUAACCAUUCAUCAUAAAAUAAUACGAAAAUAGAAAAAAAUAAGGUUAAAAUAACAGAAAUAAUAUUUUAAAAAAUAGUACGUAAAUACAAAUGCACAAAAAAUAAAAAUG